GGAAGUGCUUGUUUCUGAAACUUUCCAAAAAAAUAUUUAUCUAAUUGUCCAAAAAUGUGAAUUGAGGAAGGGAAAUCCACAUUUACAUGAACUUUUCUCUUAAGAAGAAAAUUAUGGAAGUCCAGAAUAUGGCUAAAGCUGAUUACAACGCAGAAAGAGAUGAAGUCACAAUUCUGAGUAAACAUAGCUUCUGUGGUAGUGGAAAGAGGAUUGUUGGUGCUAUUUCAGUAUUGUUUAUACAGUCUGAUAACAACUAUUCUGCUGUUGAGACCUGCAACAGUGAUGAAGCAUCAGAGAACAAAUUACAACUUGAGAUUCCUGCCUCCUUAUCAAUAAUUAACCUACCUCAUUUCAGUGACUCUAUUUUACACAGAUCUCACUUAACAGAUAAAUCCAUUGGGAAUAUUGUCACAAAGAAGUUUAUAAACAAUUUAAAUUCUUCAGCUGAAGAAAACGUAGAUGAAGUAAAACAUGGUGACUCUGAAUCUGUAUCAGACAAAAAUGAAACAAUUAAACAAACAUCAGAUGAUGCGUCUUGUGUUCUUGUGCAGCAGCAAUCCCAAACACAAGAUAAAGAAGAAAAUGAACAGACUGAUUUGCAUUUGGAGGAAAAGAAGAACAAUUCUAAUGAAAGUACCGAAUGUACAAAGGUUAUGAUUGAUGCAUCAACAAACACCGAUAUACCAUUGGAAAAUAGUUUACACAAAGAAGAAAAAGAUUUAAAGAUGUCUGUUGAUGCUGCUGCAAAUGUAUCAAUUGAUGCAUCAACAAACACGGAUAUACCACGGGAAAAUGCUUUACACCAGGAGGAAAAAGAUUUAAAGACAUUUGUGGAUGCCGCUACAAAUGUAUCCCUUGUAGAAGUAGAAAUGGGUAGUGGUAUCCCCUUGAAACGAAAGAGAACAGCAAGCAAUGAAUCAAAAGAAACCUCUGACCUUAGUGAACCUGAAAGUGCCAGUAUGUUUAUUAUAACUGAAAAUAAAUCCUCUAGUGAGGAAGAUUCUGAGUCACAGGAUUCAGUUGAACUUGAAAAUACUAAAUCUGACACUUUAAAAGAGAAAUCAAAUAUAGAAUUAUCUGAACAAAGAAAAAUGGAAGUACCUGAGGUCUCACCGAUAAGUGAAGAUGUGAUUGCUGUUCACGAGACCAGCAGCAUGGAUACCGUUUGUACAAGCAAAGAUAUUGACUUAGAUAAUGAAGAAUUUAAGAAUUCUACAAAUGUGAGUGUCGUUGAUUUAUCCAAUAUUCCUGUGUCUUAUGCUAACUUACCAUCAGAGCAAGUGAUAGAUAGAAAUAAUGACCAUGGGGAAUCAGUUCAUAGAGCUAGUGCUAAUACCUUCAGCACUGAAAAUUUCAGUGGAAAAACCAAUGAAGUGCAAAGAGCACCGCAGUCUGUUUUAGGAAAUCAACGUCCUAAAUUUAUUAGAUCAACAUCACUGUCAAAAGGAUCAAACAAAGCUACUAUUGAAAAAUGUAAAAUAUGUAAGAGAUCGGUUUCUUCACUAGCUGACAUGUUUCAUCAUAGUAAAAUACACAAUAUUGGUAUAAAAUGUUGUGUUUGUGGAAUGAAGGCUUUUGAUUGGGGUGUGAUGAAACACCACUAUACUUGGCAUCUUCAGAGGAAUGCAUUUAAAUGUCCUCAGUGUCCAACUACAUUUGGAAGUAGAGAUUUGCUUGCAGCACACAUCAAAACACAUAGUACAGCAAAAAGUUUGGUACAUAUGAAAAAACCGAAACUACACCCUCCGGCUUCAAAAUUUGUUCUUCCUAAGUCCGAACAUAGCAAUUUACCAAACCUAAGUGCAAUAAAUAGGCAAGAUUCAAAGCCAAACAUAUCACCGUUCAGUAACAAUAAAGGUGGAAGUUCUCACGUAAGACGGAAAUUUACUCCAUUUAGACAACAUGUACAAACCCCAGAACAUAUCUUUCAGACUGAUCAGAAUCAAAGACGUUCACCAAGUAAUCAGCUUGUUGGAUCACAAAGUGGUACAAACAUGAUAAAUGUAAAUCAUAUAUUGAAUUAUUCUUGUGGUUGUUGUGAAGAGAAGUUUGUCAAUGUUGAGAAAUUAAAAAGACACGUGCUAAUGUAUCACUCUGAACAAACCAUGUCAGAUUCAAGUUACUCACAAGAUUCACAAUUAAGUAGUUCAUUUAAUAUCAGUAGAGCAUCUACCUCAAAUAUAAACUUUACUAACUGUGAAAAUUCUAGUUCAUCUACAGCGGCCAUACCAUAUCCACCGGAAAAUUCUGGAAUGCUACAAAUUAAGGUUGAAGAGCCAGAAAUAAUUGACAUAGAGCAACUAGGCAAGUUCACCGAAAACUUGGAAAAUUCUAGAUCUAAUACAGGCAGUGAUCACUUUACACAAUACGAUAAUCAAACCGCAGAACAGCUACAACAAGAGGUAAUGCAGUCCUUUAUAGAGAUUUCUAACAUGGAUCAGUCACAAACACCGGGACGUCAAAGAAAAUCGGCAUGUCGUCUGGCAAAUGUUGUACCAGUUUGCCGUAUCUGUGGAAUUUAUUUGAAUUCUUGGAAUGAAAUUCUGGAACAUAGGUUUGCUCAUCCUGAUGAAAUUGGUCAACAGCUAGCGUGUACAGUAUGCUCAUCUGUGCUAAGUACACGAGACAGUCUUAAACGCCAUGCUAUCAACCAUAUGGGUAUCCGACAUCAAUGUCAAUUUUGUAAUAAUGAAUAUAGCCGAAAAGACAGUCUCUUAAACCACAUGAGAAGCGCUCAUGGUUAUUCUAAUAAUUGAAAAUGAAGGUUUUCACAAAUGUUAUACAUGUAUUAUGUUUUAAGCAUAUUUGUCAUUUUUUUUUUUAUCAUGUUUAUAGCAGAACCAAAAAAGAGAAGAGGUCACUGCCUUUUAUUUUUAUGCAGUGUAACUGUUUAUCAUUGUCAAGUCAGUAAUUUAUGUAAUAUAUUAUUUUGACACUUACGGAACGGAUCACUCUUUAUUUGUCAUUUCAUUUAUGUUGUCACAUUUUUAUCAAUCUGAAUCCCAACCAGUCUUGCAAAAAUUUCUGCAGGAUGUGAAGUUGUGCAUCUUCUUUAUAUUGAUGACAGGCCUAGAGGUGUCCUAAAUUUCCAAAUCCAAUGUUGAGUCAAAAUAGUACACAACUAUAUUAUUCCAAAAACCAAACCAAACCAAAACUUAAAAUUACCAUUAACAUAUAUGGUUAUCCUAUUUCAUGUUUGAACAUGUUGAAAACACUUGAUUUCUUGGGUUAUUCAAAUAUGGUUAAGUUGCGACACACAUUUUUUUUUAUUCUUUGAUUCUAAUGUGAUUUUGUGCUGUCAUGUCUUUAAUUCACAAUCCUUCCUUUACCACUAGAUUAUGUGGAUAGAAAAUUGGAUUUCCAUUUCAACAAAUGCAUUCAAUAGCACAAAACCAAUUGAAUGGCAGGCUACAUACAUCUUACAUGAAAGUGUCUUCAAAGAUUUAUUUUUCACUGGUUUACACAUGCAAGCUUAACAUGUUUAAGGGAACAACAUAUAUAUGUAAUUUAUGUCAAGUUUAAUAUCGUUUUUAUGUCAGUCAUUCAUUGUUUAUAUGAUGCCCAACUGAUUAGCAUGAUGUCUUAAAGGAUCAAAAUCGGGAUAAAACAAAAAAUGUCCGGCUGGCACAAAUAUUUUUUGGAAGCCCUGUAUGUAAAGUAUAUUUUUUAAACCUUAUAUUUAAAGGAAAGGGGUAAAUGAUUCUUACACAUUUUCAGGUCAAACUAUGUACUUAACUUCCAAAUGGAAAUCAAAAGACUAUACUUUUAUUCAUGUAUUUUAAUAUUUUGAUAGUGGAAAAUUGACAUGUACAUACAUAUACAUACAUACAAUGUAUACGUACAUUUUACAUUGAAUACACAGAAGAUAUGCAAGAAGCUUUUGUAUUAUUUUGAAGCUUUGAUCUACACUCAACUGUUUAUAUUCAUCAUGUUCAGUAGGGGACACACAUCUAUACUAUGCUCGUCCUGAAUAUGCAUGAAAUAUUUGCCACUGGACGUUAAGCAACCAACAAUCAAUCAAUCAAUCUAUACUAUGCAACUCUAUCUAUAUAUUUUGGCAUAAAUCAACUAAACUUUUGCAGACUCUUCUUAGGAAGUUAAGUUUUUUACCUCUUUUUUGAUAUAUUUACUUCUGGGAUUUUUUUCAGACAAAUAGUAUUUUUUUAUGUAAUUUAUUUUGCUAAACCAUAGCUCCUCUUUAAACCAUGUAUGAACUACAGAAACCAAUCAUUCAUGUACUUAUCAUUGACAGAUUCUAUGAGUUGAAUCUUUCUUUUGAUUGUGUAUUUUUACUUAUAUAAAAAAGGCAAAAAUUGGGCUGGAACUAUCCCUCAUUUUUUUGCAGUUGGAACCUUUUAGUACCCCUAUUAAAAAAAGUUUGUCUCCGCCUGUAUAUUUUAUAAAUCCAAAUGACUUCCAAUAUAAACAAAAAUUAUGUAAGAAAAUUCAUAUUUUGUUCAGAUGGACAGGUAAAACUUCUCUUGAAUAACUGUAAUUUUUGUGGCCCCGCAACAAAGUUGUCGGGGCCAUAUAGUUUUACCCUUGUCCGUCAUUCCAUCAUUCUGUCAUUCCGUCAAUCAUUCCGUCAUUCCGCAACAAACCAUUAUACAGGUUUUUUUUCUAAAGCCUUCAGAUAUUGGGCUGAUUUUUUGGUAUGUGAGUUAACCAUGAUGAGUUACAGAUCAAGUUUAAGUUUAAGUUUCGUUCCGCUCUGCUAAUUUUUGCCGAAAUUACAGGCUUUGGACUUUGAUAAAUUGUUGAAAAUCACAGUUAUACGGACUUUUUUUCUAAACGCCUUCAGAUAUUGGGCUGAUUUUUGUUCUACUAAUUUUUGCUGAAAUUACGGGCUUUGAUAAAUUGUUGAAAAUCACAGUUAUACGGACUUUUUUUCUAAACGCCUUCAGAUAUUGGGCUGAUUUUUGGUAUGUGAGUUAACCAUGAUGAUUACAGAUCAAGUUUAAGUUUCUUUCCACUCUACUAAUUUUUGCUGAAAUUACGGGCUUUGGACUUUGAUAAAUUGUUGAAAAUCACAGUUAUACAGACUUUUUAUCUAAACGCCUUCAGAUAUUGGGCUGAUUUUUGGUAUGUGAGUUAACCAUGAUGAUUACAGAUCAAGUUUAAGUUUCUUUCCACUCUGCUAAUUUUUGCUGAAAUUACGGGCUUUGGACUUUGAUAAAUUGUUGAAAAUCACAGUUAUACAGACUUUUUAUCUAAACGCUUUAGAUAUUGGGCUGAUUUUUGGUAUGUGAGUUAACCAUGAUGAGUUACAGAUCAAGUUUAAGUUUCGUUCCACUCUGCUAGUUUUUGCUGAAAUUAUGGGCUUUGGACUUUGAUAAAUUGUUGAAAAUUACAGUUAUACGAAAUUUUUUUUUUCUAAACGCCUUCAGAUAUUAGGCUGAUUUUUGGUUUGUGAGUUAACCAUGAUGAGUUACAGAUCAAGUUUAAGUUUCUUUCCACUCUGCUAAUUUUUGCUGAAAUUAUGGGCUUUGGAUUUUGAUAAAUUGUUGAAAAUCACAGUUAUACAGACAUUUUUUCUAAACGCCUUUAGAUAUUGGGCUGAUUUUUUGUAUGUGAGUUAACCAUGUUGAGUUACAGAUCAAGUUUAAGUUUUGUUACGAUAUGCUGAUUUUCAUGUUGUUUCAACACAUCUUCAGUACAUCCACUUCCUGUUUGCUGAUAGUUUGAAAUUUAACUACUCAUUGAUCAAGGAAAUUUUUCAUCAAACUAGUAUUGGUCUUGAGAGCUGGAUACUAUCCAUGUAUGUUUGUGUCCACAUGUGUUGUUGAAAUUGCAGAUUUUUCUGUUUUUUGAGACAGGACCAUUCGUGUCGUUCCGACACAUCUAGUUAUUGCUUAAACCACUCUACAUGUAUGUUGAAAGAAUACUCUUAAGGUUAUUAUCUUGAAAUGAAGUGAUGACAUUGCAUAAAAUGUGUAUAUCCUGAUAACAAGCUUAUUUAUGUAUCUGUUAUAUUCCUCAAGUAUUUAUAUUGAUGUUCUCUUAUUUAAAGUCUGUUUUUAAUGUUUGAGUUGUGUAGAAUUAAGCAUGUAUUUAUAGUGUGUGUAAGUUAGUAAUUAGCUUCAGAUGCAAUAUAAAAUUGUAUUUAGAGUUGUGAAACCUAUUCAAUUAUUUACCGAUAAGUUUAUGAGAAUUAUUUUUUGUGUGGUUGUGUUUACACCCUGUAUAACAUGUGUGUAUUUCCUUGCAGUCUAUUAUAGGUGGAAAUGGUAUUUAUCUUAUAUAUCUCAAAAUGACUUUUUAGCUAUAUAGAUGUACCAAAAACAAAACUUGUUUUCAAUGAUCCAUAGCUCAUUCUUGUCCAGAAUUCCAACCAAAAUCACUGCCAUAAUAAGUCAGAGUAAUUGCAAGGAAAAUGCAUUUUUAUCCAGCUGACUAUUAGGGUAUGUAUUUUGCCCUUUACUUGUUCAAGGUCAAAUCCUUAGUUGUUUAUAUCUUUGUCCUUUGGUGGAUAGUUGUCUUAUUUAAAAUCAUACCAUAUCUCCUUAUUUUAUUUUAUUAAUUAUGGAGCAAAUGAAUCCAGAUGUUUGUGAAAUCGUCUAAAGAUGACUUCUUUUCAUUUGACACAUGCCCCCUUAGAGGACGACCAUUUGAUUUUCUGGGGGAGAGGGAGGAGGAUUUUUAAAAAUGAAUAACUUUGUCUGGUAAGAACUGAAAAUAUAUGACUUUUCACAAGACAGGAUGAAAAUGAAUAUUCUGAAACAUAAAAUGCAGGAUAUUUGAGGAUACAAAUGUGUAUAAAAGUGAAAAUAAAUUUUUGUACGGCAAAAAAAAUUAAGCACACAUAGUUACAAAUGAAAAUAAAUGAUCAUUCUAGAAAAAAUCCUCAUGCUAAGACAAUUUUCUUUUUCUUAAAAGAUUUUUGUAUAGUUUCAGCUAAAUGAAUAUCUUCUUAUAGAUAUCAUUCAUUUGAAAUGUUAGGUUUUUUAAUUAAAAUAAAACAAAACUGGACACUGAUGUAGACAUAAAAAAGGGAAAAUAUAUGAUUACCAUAUUCUGUAUUUUUUAUCUAUAUGUUAUCCAGAGCAUUAUAUUUGUCUAAGUAUAAAUGUUUAGAAUAGUAAAUUUCAUUUUUAAAUCAUGUUUGUAUGAUGAAAAUAAAGUAUCAUAAUAUUUUAUAGAAUGAAUCAGGGCCAUGAAUCUAGCUUUUACAAUUGUAGAAUCAUAAUUGCAUGUCAGAAGGUGCCAAAUGUAUCCUUUCUUGUUUUUUACAGUAUAAACAUUAUAUGUACUA